GUCGCCCUGACUUGCAUGCACAUGUUUAUUUUGCGUUGAGUCUCGAAUGAUUAAGGUUGUGCGAUCUAGUUUGAUGGUAUUUUAGCCUAAAAUAUGAGUGAAUUGCAUUGCGAAAAAUAUAAUAUACUACCAUCGGAAGGUAAUAGAUCUCGAAAGAAAGUUAAAACGCCGUCUAAGCGGGAAAAUGCAAAACGCAACAGAUAUUCUGCAAAAUUAUUGCCAACAUUUCCAAAAUGUGGGCAUGUAGCUAAGCCGUACCAGCCCUUUCAAUGUAUAUCACUGCUGACCAUGAGAGAAAUAAAAAUUUUUUAUGACUCAUUUUACAAAACAUCAGAGAAAGUCACCCAGGACAAUUUUAUAUUGAAGCACUGCAGCGUUACUGAUCCCAAAAGAUCAAGAAAAUGAGAACAAGAAAAAAAUAAGCCGAAAUCUAUGUCAGUGAUAUACUAUGUGAAAAGAAGAGAUGGGCUAAUGGUUAAUGUGUGCAGACAGAGUUUCAUGAACAUUCUGGGAGUGAAGAAAGACAGGAUUGUGAAUGUAGUAAAACGGUACAAGGAAAGCAAUGAAAUGCCCAAAGAACGACGUGGAGGUGAUCAGACAAAAGGUAAAAAUAACACAAAGCUAGCGGCUAUAAAAGAGUUUGUUGAAUCACUGAAGUGCAUAGAGUCUCAUUAUUGCCGAUCUAAGACAUUCAGUAGAAUUUAUUUGC